UCAAAUAAAUAAGACCCAACCUUGUAUCCCGCGAGUUCACAUCUCAAACCCUAACACUUGCGCAGCCCUCUCUCCGCCAUAGCAGACGACGUAGCCGGCAAUCGCAGCUACGUCCGGUGAGACUAGAGUAUUUGGAUACCGAGACCACCAUGGCCGAUGAGGAACAGAAACCUUUGACAUAUAUACCGGAAGUAAUAUUGAAGAAGAGGAAGAGCAAUGAACAGUGGGCUAUAAGAAGGAAACAGCAGUUGGAGCAGAGGGUUAGGAAGAUCAAGGGUGAUAAUUUUGUUAUUAAGAAGCCUGAGCAGUUUAUCAGAGAGUACCGUGACAAGGAAUUGGAUCUCAUCCAGAUGAAACACAGGGGAAAGCGGCAAAGAAGAUCAUUGGUGACACCAGAAUCCAAGCUCCUUUUCGUCAUUCGCAUACAAGGAAAAAAGGACAUGCACCCAAAAACAAGGAAGGUCUUGUAUUCUCUGCGGCUGAGAAGGAUCUUCAGUGGUGUCUUUCUGAAGGCAAAUGAAAGGAUAAUGGAAAUUUUGCAAAGAGUGGAACCAUAUAUUACAUUUGGAUAUCCUAAUCUCAAGAGUGUGAAGGAUCUGAUUUACAAGAAAGGUGCUGUGAAAGCUGAUAAGCAGAGAGUUCCUUUAACGGACAAUAAUAUCAUUGAAGAGGCACUGGGUCAGCAUGGCAUCGUCUGCAUAGAAGACAUCAUAAAUGAGGUUGCUAAUGUUGGUCCACAUUUUAAGGAGGUCAGUCGUUUUCUGUGUCCCUUCACUUUAAACAAGCCAGAGAAAGCAUUACAGGGUAAGAAAAGGCUAUUCAAGGAUGGAGGAGACACCGGAAAUCGUGAGGAUCAAAUCAAUGAGUUAAUUAGUAAGAUGAAUUAGCAAGCAGAAAUCUAGUCCUGGAUACAUGUACUUUUGGAGUGAACCUCAAUUUCCAUCGAAAUUAUUGGAAUGUUGUAGUGCGUAUAAUUUGGCCUGGUUACUGAAGUUCAUUUAAGCCUUGUCAGAGUUUUGUUUUUCACACCUGAUGUAGUUGUUGGGUUAAUGCUAGCCAAGUGACUUGUGGGUUGUGAAAUUAUAAUCUGAGCUGUUUUUUUGACACGAAAUGUUGUUAAUAUCAACAAUUGAAGUUAAAUCGGAUGCAGUUGAUGAUACACCUUUGAUGCUGUAACCCAUCCUCAAUGAUCUGAAGAAGAAAAUUUAUCAAGUCGUGAAGGCGAUGUUGAUUAUCGACUGAAUUGGCUACGUUGUCUUUUUACUAAUUCAGACUGAAAAUCUGCAGAUUCCUUUGGAAGGAUGUUCUUUACAGUUCAAGUCUUCAGUCCUGCAUUGAGACAGCUAAUGUAUAUUGAUGGGAAAGACUUUGCUGAAGACUACAGCCGGAAUACAUCUAGCACUAGCAUUGUAUAUGCAUAUUCAAAGAAAUCAUAUAUCCAAUGGUAAUUGUUUUAAUUUGAAUUUAAGUUAAUUAAAAAAUAUUAGCAAAAGUGUCGGACCCGAUCAAUUGAGUCAAGGAUGAGAGCUCGGGAUGGCUUUGCUGGAUUGGUGCUCAAUGGGUCCUGGAGUCGUGCACUGUGUCGGACAGAGCCAUCACUGGUUUCAGGCUGGUUUGGAUACAUAGAAUAUGUAAGUCAAGUGUUUUGGAAUAUUUAUCUCUGGGCCCCAUUCAUUGUGCUCCCUUCUUUUUGUGCUAAAUUUAGGCCUUUCUUUUGGUGACAUGGUAUUUCUUGAACUCAUAUCCUCACCACUUGAAGUGGUGGUGGUCUAGUGGUAAGCCCUACUCGUUUAGGAUUGUUUUUGGCU